AUGUCUCACCCUCAAUGCACCUUUCACCACACAACCUUUAUCCCGGGUUCUGUCCUGUACCGCCGGCGGACCACAGUAGCAAAGACAACUCUACACACACAACUAAAGCGUCUUCGCGAUACAGGUCGCUAUGACUGCUUCAAACUACAGUGGCAUGAGAUUUAUGGCGACAAGUCCAUGUGGCCUGUCCCCUUCCAUCUUUUCUGGGAUAGUGACAUAGCCAAGUGGAUUGAAGGCGCUUGUUACUUUCUUCAUGACGAGUUUGAUCCUGAGAUAGACGCCGCUGUCAAGGAAUUGGUUGAAACUAUUCGUGGGGCGCAACAAGAUGAUGGAUAUCUAAAUGUCCACUUUACCGUGGUCGAGCCCGGGAAAAGAUGGACUAAUCUGCAGGAUAUGCAUGAACUGUACAACGCAGGCCACCUCAUCGAAGCUGCUAUUGCGCACCACUAUUACUACAAGAACGACCUCCUACUCGGACCCAUCGAGAAAUACGUUGCUCUGAUCCAUCGAACAUUCGGACCUGCAGACAACCAAUUACACGGUUAUCCAGGCCAUCCAGAGAUCGAACUAGCACUCUUCCGACUAUACCAAACCACUGGUAACCAAACGGCCUAUGACCUAUCCCGAUACUUCAUAGAAGAGCGCGGCAACAAAACAGGCCAAGCCGGAGAGCAUUACUUCGAAUGGGAGUCCAAGCAGCGAGGCCAGAACAUCUAUCAGAGGCCUGACAGCUACCCAGAGCAUGCUUCCCACUGGUAUUGUCAAGCUCACAAGCCCAUCCUGGAACAAGAUACUGUUGAAGGCCACUCGGUCCGAGCAAUGUAUCUCUUAACCGCCGUUGCUGACAUGGUCUGCAUCGACAACCAACCCCUCAGAGCUUCAUCAGACUGGAAAAAUACACUAUACUGUCUAUGGAACAACAUGGUGGACAAAAAAAUGUACCUUACAGGCGGCAUAGGGGCUAUCAAACAGUGGGAGGGCUUCGGACGUGAUUACUUCCUUCCUCAGAGCACUGAUGAAGGAGGCUGUUAUGCCGAGACUUGCGCCUCCAUCGCAGUCGUGAUGCUUGCGGAACGCCUUCUCCACAUCGAUCUCGACGGGAGGUUUGCAGAUGUCUUGGAAUUGUGUUUAUACAAUAACGUCAUGACUUCAAUGAGUCUUGAUGGAAAUGCUUUCACGUAUGUGAACCAACUUGGAAGUUCAGAGAGUGACAAGAGUGUGCGCGAGGAGUGGUUCUGGUGCGCUUGUUGUCCGCCCAAUGUCACACGUCUGUAUGGCUCCUUAGGUGGAUAUCUCUGGGACUUCGGGGAAACCUCCAAGGAUGAAGUGUAUAUCAACGUGCACUUGUAUUCAAAAGCUGUCAUGAAGUUCAAGGUGGCUGGACAAGAAGUGUCACUGGAACAGGACUCAGACUGGCCAUGGGAUGGGCUCGUUAAGUUUCGUCUAUCAGCUCCCGAGUCACUGAAGACCACGAUACAACUCAGAGUUCCUGGGUGGUCUCGAGGUCAGUACCACGUGAGCCCAGAGCCAAGUCAAGGAAGCAUAAGUCUACAUAAAGGCUAUAUUACCCUCGACCCGGCUUACGUUGCCAAAUACGCACAGUUCUCUUUGAACAUUGGCAACUUCAAACCCGUAUAUGUUGCGCCUCACCCAUAUACAAACCAGCGCACAUUGACGCUUACUCGGGGACCUCUGGUGUAUUGUAUGGAGGACGCUGAUAAUACCUGGGAGUAUAACCAUUUCAAGGAUAUCGGGAUAAAGGCGUCUACCGUGGUUGAUGAGGAGAGGAAACAGGUUGGAGAAGAGGAUUAUGUCGCAUUGAAGACGUCUUGUUGGCGCCGAACGUUAGAAGAUACCGAGGCUGGUGUGGCUCCUGGUAGUGUAGUUGAUUGCGAUGAAAAUACAGGUGCAAAGAUGGAAGCCAUUUUUGUGCCUUACUAUCUACGGGCUAACAGAGGAGGCAAUGGGCAUAUGAGAGUUGGACUCAACCGUAUCUGA